AUCUCUGGCGCCGUCUGUCAACAGCCUUUGUUAAACGAAAGUCGUAUAGCGCGGUUCAUGUAGGAUAUUUAGUUUUCUUGUUGUCAACACUGACUUAUUAUCAGCGAUUAGUAGGAGACAGAAGUGGGCCAUGGAGGUUGAUGACAUGCCAGACAUCGACGAGCUCCUUCGUACAGAAGCCAUAGGCAAUAAGGAGACACCGACGCCCGCUGGUGGCUUUGAUGGUGUAGCUGAACCGCACGCUGGAGAAAAGGUCAUCAAAACAAAUGUAGAAAGUCAAGUAACCGUGCAUUUGAAUGGUAUGUCGCACGAAUCACACGUAAGUGAUUCGUCGAUAGAAAUGGCGGAUAGCGGAUUGACGAAGGAACGAGAUGGGCUAGAGAAAACGUGUGCACCAAAAGGGCAGGAACCCGAGCCUAUGGAUGUGGAUUCAGAAGAGCCGUGCAAUGGUGAUGUACCUACAGAGCAUACCAAUGGAGGGACAGACGCGGUAGUCGUGACCGAAUUAUCCUGCAGCUCAGAAAACAGUAAAUCGUCAGUGGAGAUAAUUGACGACGGUGACGGUGACGACGGUGACGAAGAUGAAGGUCUACGAUCUCAAGAUAAAAACUUUGUCAAUGCCGCGAACAGUUCAGAUAAAUCGGCCGUCCCCUCUUGUGCGUCGAAAGCUGGUGUGGAAGCGACUGGAUUGGUUAAAAGUCCUAGAGCAGGUGCAAGUGAAAGUAGUAUAUCUAGUUUUGCACCUAUUAAGAAUUCAGAGAAUAACAAUACAUCGUCUGUGAAAGAGGGCGAGAGUGACGCACCACUGAAAAUGGCCACCGCAACACCGAAUAAGGUGCACAAAAUGGAGUCCGCUGAUGGUAAUUCGGCUAAUCAAGUGAUCAAGUCUAAUGCAAAAGAACCGCGUGAAUCUAUUAUUACUGUGGUUCAGAAUGGAGAGCAGGAUGAUGCUGAUGUGUUGGUGCUUGAGCCUGUUAACACUCCUACCAAACGGUCAUCGGUAAGGAUUGCCACCGCCACUAAACAUGCACAGCUAUCAGAGAGACAAAGCCAGGCGGUGAAAGCCGCAGGUGUCGGUUUCGAACACCGUAAGACCACCAAUGGAAUCCACGGGGUCGGACAAGAUCAACGUAUUAGCAGACCUUUGUCUACAAUGGGUGGUGUUGCCAGUAGAGGUGGAAUGGUCACAAACGAUUCAAAACUGAUACCGAAAUAUCAUAGCGUGCCAUCGUCGCGAGGUGCAACGUUAACUGCGGUGCCUGUAGGUAGAGCCAUCAAUCAGCCUGUUACUUGUCAUGCUAAGGCACCGCAGAGCAUGCCCCAGCCACAACCGCCUUCAGUCAUGAAGAAACAAAGUCCGAUCGGUGCAUUUAAUCAGUCCUUGUAUGACAUUGGUCUGGAUUUGGUGACAGAGAGAGUAUACAAGGAUGGCUUCCAGGAAACGGACAAAAAACUAAAGGAGAUUCCGUGUGAUCAAAUGAAAGACCGAUUGCAGAGAAUUGAGAAGUCGCUUAAGAAGUACCAGAAGAAGAACGAAGCAUUCCGUUUCCCGCUGAAACACUGCAAGCGAUGCGGCUUUGCCUCGGAGUCAGAACUCGCGCUCGGACUGCACCACAUGUUUCCACACCUGACGUCGUAUAACGACCUAGACAUGAAGUGUGGUCACUGUGAUUACCAAACGCGGCAGAAACAGGCGUUCGUUUUCCACAUGGAGGCCGAACACAACGUCAAGGCGAGGUUUGACAGAAAGCGGGCUUUCUACGAGUGUCCCAUGUGUCAGUUUGAGGACAACAACAAGCUAAAGGUGGUCAAGCACAAGGAGAGGUGUUUCAAGGCUUACAAGCUAAAGCGUAACCUGGCACCCACUGCAGGACACGAAUUGCCACUGCCGCCACCUGUGAAAAAGCUCGCAGUAAUACCAGUUCAGCCUAUCAGGCACGUGCUGCCUAAGCCUGGUAGUUCUAAUCUGCAGGGCCAAUAUUCACAGUAUCGGCCGCUAGUGGUUCCUGCGUCACAAAGCGCGAAGACCAUAGUGCGUGGUGUGCAGUCGCAGAGUUUCAUGCAGCAGUCGAAGAUGACCGUGCCCAGCUACCUCAGUUCUCGCAUCGUGUACAGUCAAGGCAACAUGCAGUACGCCGGUGGGAACUACCGCAUCGUAAACAGUGCGCAGAGCAGCGGGCUGCAGCCGCAGACCGUCACGACAACAGUAGCGAAUCGCACUCUGCAGCCGACGUCGGUCCCAAACAUGUCCACGUUUGUCGUGUGCGAGAUCUGUGAUGGCUACAUUAAGGACUUGGAAUCUCUGCAGCGGCACAUACUGUGGAUUCACCACAUCGAGGUGGCUGAUGUCAAGCAGCCUCCUCCUCUCAAGUGUUCCCUGUGCAGCUCUCGCUUCUUCACCAUAAAGGGUCUAGAGCGGCACUUCCAGAAGAUCCAUAAGAGCAACGUGUACAGCAGUGGCAUGGCAGCGAACAAGGCCGUAACGUCUGUGCCGCAGCCGCGCAGGCAGCCACCGCCUCCACAGCCGCAGUCGAUUCCGUCACUCGUUCAGCCUGUGGCGUCAGGAUCGGCCGGUCCCGUUCCUGUCGCGCUAUUCCAGAACAUCAGCAACCUGCCACCGACCAGUAGCAACACAGCCGAGGUGACAGUGUUCAACAGAUUCAAUGCAAAGGCUCGCCCCGUGAGCGUGUCGACGCCCGUGUUUCCCUGCAUCUCGUGUAAGAAGAGCUUCUAUAGUCACCUGUUCUGGUUGAAGCACAUUAAGGAGAAUCACAUGCCACCGUGCUGUGUGAAGCUGUGUCACGUGGACAGGUGCAGCAAGUGCAUUGUCGAAAACACUGUUAAGGGAAUUCGAAUUUCAUUCAGUCUGUCACAGAAUGGUAGUGCUGGGUCAGAAAUAGUCCUAGAGUGAGUGGAAUUUUGUCACAUGACUUUCCUACGCUCAUAUACCUGCUAAAUUAAGGCAUACGUGCAUGUACAAUGUAAAAUACUCGUACAUUACAUAUAAAACAUGUUAUAUGUAAAGCAUUCACAGAUGGAUAUUUUUAGACUGAAAAUGAAAAAAAUUAACCUAUCACUGUGAGUGUCAUCGUGUUGUUUAAUAUUAAAUCCAUCUUGAAUUGACAUCAAUAUUGAAGUGAUUCUGUGACGAUGCAUCUUUCGUCAUAGAAGAUUCAUCUAGCACUUAUAGCCGAGAUGUUUUCCUGCGACUAAUUCUAAGAACUGGAUAUAUAGUAUUAUUACAAUAUUAGUUUUUGUCUUAUAUCUAUUUCAAUGAAUCUGUAUUCGUCACUGUUUCGAAGUAUAGCACUUGGAUUUUUUUUAAUGUAUAAUCAACAAACAUGAGUGUAAAUUAUUGACCCAUCUCUGACUUUACAGCAGCUUCUUUUCAUGUGUACAGGAAACUAUUUUAUUUGUUAAUAAUGAAAAAGGCCAAUAUUAUACUCUAUAAAAUGUUCUGGAUAACCUCAAUGGAAAUUGAUGUAUGUGAAAUUUGAGUAAACGGAAAGAAGUGCGUAUAUGGUGUGAGAAAUUAGAAUAGGUUUCCAUGCUACAAAGAUACCUGUAAAUUGUACACUAGUGUAAUGUGUUAGUCAGUUGGUGAUAUGAGUCUUUGUUCAGGUGGAAGCUGUCUUGUAAUAGUAGCGAGACCCUCUGGGCUGUGAAUUUCAUAGUUUAUGACUCGAUAUAAAAAGCUACCUGGCAGUCUGGUCAACAAAAGUCGGUUACAAAUCGUCAAGUUACAAAGUCAAACUAACGAGUACACAUUCUCUUCCGAUACUCUGCCCCUGCCCUAUCCCGUAUUCUUCCAUCCUCUUGUAAUGUCUUAUGUGAUGAAGAUCGGUCUAUUUGCGCUGCGUACGCAUGUCGUCACAGGACUAGUAAAAGCCAAUGUUAGGAAGUUGUCAUUUGUUAUCUAGCACCUGAUGUAUGGUGUAUAUAUAACACUUACAUGUAUAGAAAUAUUUUUUGUUUUGUAUGUUUGGUUUUGUUGUUGUUUCCAGUCCAUCUCGGCUUUACGCAUGUACGGCAUCUAAGUAUCUGUGGAAAUGUUGAUUCAAAUUUGUGGUAAUCGUGGUUUUUGCCAACUUGUGACACAACAGUAAAUUAAAUUGCUUUGAGCCAGCAAGUGUAUUCAAAGUAUUUAAAUAAAUUGUGCAUUUCAAUUGGCAA